GACAUACCGGUGGGGCCUGAAGGGGCUUUGUGCGGUAACCGAAGCAGUUGAGAGCUCGACGGCGAAUUUCGGAGAUGCCGCCGAAAGGAAAAAGCGGAUCUGGGAAAGGGGGGAAAGGAAAAGCAGCCUCUGGGAGUGAUAGUUCCGACAAGAAGGCCCAGGGUCCCAAAGGUGGUGGCAAUGCAGUAAAGAGAGACAGACAGAGUGGAGAAUGCCAUGGGAAGACAGAGGCAGAGACUGGAGUGAUGCAUCUACAUGCCAAGGAACUCCAAGGAUCGCCAGUACCACCAGAAGCUAAGAGAGGCAUGGAACAGAUUCUCUCUCACAGCCUCCAAAAAGAAACUAACCCUGCUGACACCUUGAUUUCAGACUUCUGGACUCCGGAACUAUGAGAGAAUAAAUUUCUGGGGAAUUUUUUUAUUGUGGUAAAAUCUAUGUAAGAUAAAAUUUUCCAUUUUAACCAUUUUAAUUGUACUUCAGUGGCAUUAAUUACAUUCAUAAUGUUGUAAAACCAUCACCCCUAUCUAUUUCUAAAACUUUUACAUCACCCCAAACAUGAACUCUGUACCCAUUAAGCAAUAACUCUCCAUCCCUCCCUGCCCCCAGCCCCUGGUAACCUCUAUACUUUCUGUCUCUAUGUUGCCUAUUCUAGGUAUCUUAUACAAGUGGAAUCAUACAAUAUUUGUCCUUUUGUGUCUGGCUUAUUUCACCUAGCAUAAUGUUUUCAGGGUUCAUCCAUAUUGUAGCAUGUAUCACAAUUUUACUCCUUUUUAAGUCUGAAUACUCCAUUGCGUGGAAAAACAUUUUGUUUAUCCAUUCAUCUGUCGGUGGACA